GUUGGGUUUGUCCGCAGCGCUAAUUACUUUUUCCAAAGGCUGCAGGGCUUCACUCCGGCUGGCGUCGCCGCCUCACGCGCCCCUGCUCUGCCGCUACGGUCUUGGGGGCUGCUGGUCCCGAGUACCAUGUGUGACGGCACCCUGCUGCCCCCUCUCGUCCUGUCCUUGCUGCUGCUGGUGUGGGGUUUGGACCCGGGCACAGUUGUCGGCGACGCGGCGGCCGACGUGGAGGUGGUGCUCCCAAGGCGGCUGCGCCCCGACGACGUGCACCUGCAGCUGCUGCCGGGAGCAGCGGGGCUCCGGCAGUGGCGGCGACCGCGAGCAUCUCCAGGCGACCCUCGAGCGGGACCGGGAGAGCGCGCCCUGCUGCUGCACCUGCCGGCCUUUGGGCGAGACCUAUACCUGCAGCUGCGUCGCGACCUGCGCUUCCUGUCCCCAGGCUUCGAGGUGGAGGAGGCGGGUGUCUCAGGGCGCAGCGGACACCCUGCGGAGCUGUGCUUCUACUCCGGACAAGUCCUGGGCCACCCGGGCUCCCUCGUCUCCCUCAGCGCCUGUGGCGCCGCCGGCGGCCUGGUUGGCCUCAUCCAGCUCGAGCAGGAGCUAGUGUUCAUCCAGCCCCUCAACAACUCAGGGGGCCCAUUCAGCAGAAGAGAGCAUCUGAUCAGACGCAAGUGGUCCUCUACCUCCGGCCUAGCUACCAAGGUCGAGGGACCCAGGCAGCACUGCAAAGUAGUGACAGAAGAGAAGCCCAGGAAAGGCAAGCUGUCUUGGGAUUGGAGAGAGCGGAGGAAUGCCAUCCGGCUCACCAAUGAGCACACGGUGGAGACCCUUGUGGUGGCCGAUGCUGACAUGGUGCAGUACCACGGGGCAGAGGCUGCACAGAGAUUCAUCCUCACCGUCAUGAACAUGGUAUACAACAUGUUUCAGCACCAGAGUCUCGGGAUUAAAAUUAACAUUCAAGUUACCAAGCUGGUCCUUCUGCGACAACGCCCUGCCAAGUUAUCCAUUGGGCACCAUGGUGAGCGGUCCCUGGAGAGCUUCUGUCACUGGCAGAAUGAGGAGUACGGAGGUGCUCGGUACCUUGGCAAUAACCAGGUGCCAGGAGGGAAGGAUGAUACGCCCCCUGUGGAUGCUGCUGUGUUUGUGACCAGGACAGAUUUCUGCGUUCACAAAGAUGAACCUUGUGACACCGUUGGAAUUGCUUACUUAGGAGGCGUGUGCAGUGCUAAGAGGAAGUGUGUGCUCGCCGAAGACAAUGGUCUCAAUUUGGCCUUUACCAUCGCACAUGAGCUGGGUCACAAUUUGGGAAUGAACCACGACGAUGACCACUCAUCUUGUGCUGGCCGGUCACACAUCAUGUCGGGAGAAUGGGUGAAAGGCCGGAAUCCCAGCGACCUCUCUUGGUCGUCCUGUAGUCGAGAUGACCUUGAGAACUUUCUCAAAUCCAAAGUCAGUACAUGUUUACUGAUCACUGACCCCAGGAGCCAGCAUGCCCUGCGCCUUCCACACAAGCUGCCAGGCAUGCACUACAGCGCCAACGAGCAGUGCCAGAUUCUGUUUGGCACCAACGCUACCUUCUGCAAAAACAUGGAGCAUCUGAUGUGUGCUGGGCUGUGGUGUCUGGUAGAGGGAGACACAUCCUGCAAGACCAAGCUGGACCCUCCCCUGGAUGGCACUGAGUGUGGAGCAGACAAGUGGUGCCGGGCUGGAGAGUGUGUGAGCAAGACGCCCAUCCCAGAGCAUGUGGACGGGGACUGGAGUCCGUGGAGCGCCUGGAGCAUGUGCAGCCGAACGUGUGGUACAGGAGCUCGAUUCCGGCAGAGGAAAUGUGACAAUCCCCCCCCUGGGCCUGGAGGCACACACUGCCAGGGCGCCAGCGUAGAACAUGCAGCCUGCGAGAACCUGCCCUGCCCCAAGGGUGUGCCCAGCUUCCGGGACCAACAGUGCCAAGCCCAUGACCGACUGAGCAGCAAGAAGAGAGGCCUGUUGACAGCAAUGGUGGUUGAUGAUAAGCCCUGUGAACUCUACUGCUCACCCCUCGGGAAGGAGUCCCCGCUGCUGGUGGCUGACAGGGUCCUGGAUGGCACACCCUGCGGACCCUACGAGACUGACCUCUGCGUGUAUGGCAGAUGCCAGAAAAUUGGCUGCGACGGCAUCAUUGGGUCUGCAGCUAAAGAAGACAGGUGUGGUGUCUGCAGUGGGGAUGGCAAGACCUGCCGUGUGGUGAAGGGUGACUUCAGCCACUCCCGGGGGACAGGUUACAUCGAAGCUGUUGUCAUUCCUGCUGGAGCUCGGCGGAUCCGUGUGGUGGAAGACAAACCUGCCCACAGCUUCCUGGCUCUCAAAGACUCCAGUAAGAGAUCUAUCAACAGCGACUGGAAGAUAGAACUCCCUGGAGAGUUCCAGAUUGCUGGUACAAUUGUCCGUUAUGUGAGAAGAGGCCUGUGGGAGAAGUUCUCAGCCAAGGGACCCACCACAGUGCCCCUGCAUCUGAUGGUGCUGUUGUUUCAUGACCAGAAUUAUGGAAUUCAUUACGAAUACACCAUACCUGUAAACCAGAGCACAGAAAACCAGAGUGAGCCCGCCAAGCCACAGGAUGCCCUGUUCCUCUGGACACACAGUGGCUGGGAAGGGUGCAGCGUGCAGUGUGGAGGAGGAGAACGCAGAACCAUCGUAUCGUGCACACGGAUUGUUAACAAGACCACAACCCUGGUGAAUGACAGUGACUGUCCCCAAGCAAGCCGCCCUGAGCCCCAGGUCCGACGGUGUAACUCUCACCCAUGCCAGUCCCGUUUUAAACAGGAGCACAUUCUAAAAUCACUAUAACAACCACGGGAUAGUGAAGACAGCAGCCAGUAAGUUACUAUCACUAAUUCUCAUUGUCAGGAGCAUGGACUGUACUGUGGUGGGGCCAGGGCAAUGGCUCAGUGAGUAAAGUGUAAUCUUCAGGAGCUGGGUCUAGGUCCUUAGCAGUCAUGCAGAUGAGAACAUCUGUAUAUGUGUAUAACCAUAGCGCUAGAGGGAUGGAUGUGUAGAGACAGGCAGAUACACAACGCUCGCCGGAACCAGUCUAGCCAGUAGGUAAGCUCUCAGUUCACCUAGAGACACUGUCUCAAAAUAAAAUACAAUGAAGUGAUAGAGGGAGAUGCCCAACGUUGAACUUUGACCUCCUCGUGAGCACACCGCCCUUUAAUAAUAGUAAUAAUAGUGUGACAGCAUGGUAAGUUGUUUCCGUGAGCAUUGGUGCAAACACGGUGCCUGGCACUGUGAUGUGGUGGAGGGAGGCGAUAGGGAUGUUUCAGCCCCACCAUAAUCGUAAGGCACCAUUUCUGCAUUCAUGGUCUGUUACUGACUGAGGCACCAUGAGAUGGUACUGUUUUGAACUUGGCUAAGCCAGAACACUAACGGAAAUGCACUAUUGUAGCUGGAGGGCAGCUUAUGGGUCAUAACUGACAACACCUCACAGAGAAAACGUUGCCAUGGGCACACACGUUUGACUGGCAUCCAUUGUCUCCCCUUAAUCACUUACCUUGGAGGAAAAGGACAUUAAGUGUUAGAAUUUUAGCGUCUGAUGUGCCCACAUAGGCUAAUGGCUGUGCUUGACCUGUUUCUGUGCCUGUUUGUUGUUUGGAAGCCAUCUGAACUUCUCUUCCACAUGCCCUGGUGUAAAGUCUGGAGUUCUCAGAAGGAAUGAACUGUGCAAAAGUCUCCUCACAAGUUCCACGAGUUUCUUUCCAGCGGCUUCCGUGGGAACGAGCAUGGUACUCACUCAGGGACUGAUGUAUCCUGUGACGUUACCCCUCUGCCUCCCUUUCUGCCCUGAGUUCAGUGACUAGUUCUUGCUCCAUAGCCCUUCUCAUGGUGUCAAGGCAUACUUUAUCUCUGCUAACUGGACUUGGAUUUUGAUGUGGAGUCUUUUGGGUCUUAUAGCUCUGCUUGUACCACUUGCCUGAUUAAGGAGUCUUACAAAGUGUUUGUUUUUUGGACCAACCUCCUUUGCUUAGUUAAACUGGAUUGGUUUGGUUUUUUUUUUCUUAAGUGUGUGUGUUUGCACAUGUGAAUGUGCACAUGUGAAUGAGUACACAUGCAUGUGUGUGUGUGUACACAUGCUCCUUGGCACAUGUAUGGAGGUCAAAGGACAACUUUCAGGAGUUAUAUCUUUUCAGCAUGUGGGCCCCAUGUGUCUAACUCAGGUUUAGCACAGGUAUCCUUACCUGCUGAGCAUCCAGGCAGGCAAGUGCAGGAGGAGCUGAGAGUUCUACAUCUUCAUCUGAAGGUCACUAGCAGAAUACUGGCUUCCAGGUAGCUAGGAUGAGGGUCCGAAAGCCCACACCCACGGUGACACACCUACUCCAACAAGGCCACACCUUCUAAUAGUGCCAAUCCCUGGGCCAAGCAAAUACAAACCAUCACACCUAGGGACCUGGAAUUGUGAGCUAAGUAAGUCCUUCCAAUUGUAUAUUUUGAGGAUUGGCAGCCAUACUUCAAGCCCAUCUGUCAGUCCCUCACUCAGUUAUGGGGCCAAAGAAGAAGAUUUAGCAACCAUAAAAACUCAGUUAUCAGGGCUGGCAGUAGUAACACAUGCCUUUAAUCCAGCACUAGGGACGCAGAGGCAGUUGGAUCUUUGAGUUCAAGGUCAGCCUGGAUUACAGAGUGAGUUCCAGAACGGCCAAGGCUACACAGAGAAAUCCUGUUUCAGAAAAACAAAACAUAAUUAACCCAGUCAUCAGACAGAUGGCAACCUCUCUACCUGACACCAAGAGCGGCCUACCCCCGGACGGAUAAGCAGAAAAUGGGGUAAGGAACUCAUUCAGGACACAAAGAGGUGAUCGAGAUAGGCUCAAAAGUAAAAACCAAAGCUUUAUAGAUGUCUUCAAGAAUCGUAUUUUCCAAUCAAUAUUUACAAAUUACUUUUAACAUCUAGGGUUUUUUUAAACUUAUGUACAAAAAACAAAAACAUUUACUGCCGCAGAGGACUAGGAGUUAGGGUUUAAAAUCUGCCAGUCAACAGGAUUCGUGUCCUUUAAGGAUAGAGUAGCAGAUAACGAAGAACUCAGGAGAAAAUUUAAAAAACAACAGUUUGAAAGCUAGAACACAGACAGAGAUGGUAGCGGAGGUUAUGGGUAGGAGACCAGAGUGACUCCAUGUUGAAUUUCUAAUUGUGACAAUCUGUCGCUAGCUGGACCCUGUUUUAGUUACCUGUGAUUGCUGUGACAGAGCAUCCGGCAAGAACAUCCUCAACAAGGCCUCGCGGUUGCCGUGGCUCAUGGUCUCAGAGGGUUUGAGUGUGGAAAGCCGCGAUAGCAUUCGCCAUUACAAGAUGGCGCUGGCUUCCACUGAGCCAGCCCGACUUCCUUUCAGGAAACUAGCUGUGUGUGCAUGUGCAAGAGUGUGUUCUCGCCAAGUCUUUGCCCACCCCGGGGCGUGCCAGUGAGAUCAUGGGUAAGCGACCAAUCAGGCGUGGAUGCGCCGUGCUAGGGUUUUAUAAGCAGCGCCUUUCUGGGCCCCGGGUCUCUCCUCUUCAAGAUGCAAUAAACGCUUUGCUGCAGAAGGAUCCUGGUGUCUACGUGUCGUUCCUGCUGGCAAGACGCUGGGUGCGCGACAUUUGCGGGCUCUGUAGCUGCUAUAGGAAGUAUGGCCUCACAGCUUAGCUCAUGUCAGAGGCUGGCAUCUGUGGUGGCUUCAGAGCAGGUAGUUAUGAGGGUGCUGUUAGCAAGGUCCAAGCUAUGACCUUCAAAGCCCUUCCUCACAGCGACUCACUUCUACCAGUCAAGCUCCAUAUCCUAAAGCUUCCAUAGCCUCCCUCCCUCGGGAACAUCACUGCCAGGGAACAAGCAUUCAAAACAAGAAUGUAAGAUUCAGACCAUAGUAGAGGCCCAGCGAGAACUAUGGCGGACUGCUGCUGAGCUCCCAUGGAUGCUCAGAGUGAUCACAGCAGCUGGAAAUCAAGGAGGUGAAAUUUGAAAGGAGAGAGCCAUCAGGGGUUCUCAGAUUCUGCAGAUGUACUUGGCCCCCAUCCUAGGAAUAAGACCCAGAUAGGACAGACUCCCUCUAGUAGAGCUAAGGGCACCUCGACCUGUGCUUACAGUCUAAUCUCAGAGCCAGAUGUGCUGCCUGCCAAGCUGGAAGUUCAGGAUUCCACCACGUUACCCUAGAGACCAUAUACUCACAGAGCACAGACAACCUACCAGUGUGAUAGCCAGCAGCAGAUCCAAGGUGGAAUUUGGUGCGCAUAUAAAAUAUGCAAACAUAAAACUGCAGAUUUCAAAAGAAGAUGAUAAAUUGAAAUUUGAGAUUAUAAAUAUCAAUGACUUAAGAUUGUAAAAAUUAUAAGAUAAUUCAAUAAUUUAAGAUGGGAUUGUGUUGACAGUAGUCAUCCAAAAUAAUUGUACUUUAAGUACAUGGAGGAAAGCAUGUGUGUGUGUUGUUGUUAUUUUAAAUAAUCAUCUAUGGUUAGGCAGAGCACGUAUGUCACUGUGCUCUUGUGGAGGUGAGGAAAACAACUCUGGGGAGUUGGUUCCUCUCUCCUUCCACUCUGGGUUUUAGGAAUGGAACUGAGAUCAUCAGACUUGUAUGGCAAGCCUAUUUUGCCGCUGGGACAUUUCACUGAACCUGUUGUGUUUUGGUUUGCUUUUGUAGUUUGCGGGUGUUUGUGGUGUAGUGGUGGGAACCAAGCCUACGCCUGUUCUUGCUCUACCCCUGAACUCUACAAUACGCUGUUGAGUAGAAUAUCCAUCUAUUCCUUUUCACUGUUCCCAGGGCUGCUGGGAAAUUCACACGACACAACUCCUUCGUAUUGAACGGCACUGAUGCAGAUCAGUGAGCUGAUCACCAAUAAUGUUCAGGAUGCGAUUGGAGAUUAGUAGUCGUGCAGAAAAAUGGGUUCAGAUCAGACUCAAGACAGGAGAAAAGGUUGACUCAAAACAAAAAGGAUUUUUUUAAAUUUUUUUUUAGCUAAUAUUUUCCACAUUUCUACAAGCGAACAUGUGUGGAAAUCUGUUUUAGUAACUCUGUCCCUCUAUACUUAAGUUUUUAAUAUAGUGCUUUUAUUAAUUUUUCAAGAAUUUCAUACAUGUACACAAUGUACUUUGAUAAUUUUCCUUUCUACUCAUUCCCCUAUUUCCAGAGCUACCCCCUACCACCACCACUUCCUCCUCCUCUCCCUCCUCCUCCUCCUCCUCUUCCUUCUCUUCCUCCCCCUCCCCCUCUUCCUCCAAAUAACUUACUAAUUCCAAUUUGUGCUGCCCAUAUACUCACAGAGCACAGACAACCUUCCAGAGGUUGUACUCUGAAAGACUCCCUCCCCUGGAGCCCAUCAACUGUCUACUCUCCUCAGUGAGGGGUAGAGAACCCCACACACACAUACUCCAUGCUAGAAAGGUUCCCCGUGUGGCCACGCACAGCUCUGGAAGUUCAUGUGAAUAGCUGCUCUGUCAUGUCCAGAGACACUGCUUUUAUCUGCUUCUCCCUGACCUCUGACUCUUACUGUCUUUCUGCCACCUCUUGCAGGAGGAGCCUGAUGUCCCUGAGCCUGGACAGGGAAAGGGGAGAGUGAUGUAGGUGCCGCAUUUGUGGCUGAGCAGAUGCCUUCUCUCUGCUGAACGUAGCCCAUGGUAGUACAUCGCUGGUGCUUUUGCCCAUCACUAUGGAGCACUGAGGCUCCAGAACCUCAUUCAGCAAGAGGUCGCCUUCUGACGGCCCUGUCUCAGAAUAUGUUCUCUUGGUAUACAACAGAGGACACAAUAUUAUACUGGGUUACUUUUUCUUUCCAGCUUCAUCAUCCCCUGAGCACCUAGCAUAGCCAUGAUCAUAUCCUGUACCUUCCACAACAUUUCUCUUUAACCUCUUCCUGUUCACCAGACACCUUCUGAGUACCCAGGUAUUUAGAGAGAGGAGAGGCAGACCAAGCCUUUGUUCCUGUAUCUUGACAGAUAGGGCUGUACUUCCUUCCCUUUGCUCUUGUUUUUUUUUUAAAUACCACCCUCUUCUAGUCUCUUUCUGACUAUAAAGCCAUCUAAAGCCAGCAUAAAGAAUAAGUGGAGGGGUUGGGGAUUUAGCUCAGUGGUAGAGCACUUGGCAAGUGCAAGGCCCUGGGUUCGGUCCCCAGCUCCAAAAAAAAAAAAAAUGAGUGGAAUUUUCAUAAACAGAAAAGAAAAUGAAAUUGAGUAAAGACAAGUCAGUACCUAGGGUUUUCUGGAGGGCUCGCAAAGGAAAUCCUAGGUGUCUGUUCCAGCCUGGUUCUGUUUGUUUGUUAGUUUGCUGAUUCUGUACCAUCUGACCCUUUAAUGUUGUUUAAGAUCGGCCCGUGAAAGUGAAUAAUUGCUGGGAAUCAGCAGAUAGUACUUACUGUUUAUAAGAAAUGUGUCUCAUAAUAGAGUUUGAAAGUCUUUCACAUCCUAGCAAGAUAUUGUACAACUAUACACACACACAUGUGUAUGCAUACUAUAUGCAAAUGUAUAGCAUACACAUUUUGGAUGUGUAACAUAUACAUUUGAACAGUAACAUUUGAACUGUUGCAAAGUGUAAUCUAGAUGCCAUGUGUCUUUCGUAAGAACCUGUAGGUGUGGGCUCAGGCUUCUUAAGUGAAAAAGUGGAGAAUGUGCCUUCGGGAAAAGAUCUGGCACACAAAGAAAACCUGCCUUCUGUACAAAGGGUAGAACUUGGAGCCGUGUAGGACAUAGAGAACAAAGGUCUAUUGGAAUGGGACCAGCAUAACCAGAGCACAAAGCCAAUGACCCAGAAGAAUAGCCUAGGAACCAAUGGUGUGAACUUUAUUAAGGAAGCUAAGAAGAGUCUGCUGUUGAGCCUGGCACCAUGGAAGACCCUUUCUGUUACUAUUACUCUUUGACCUUUAAACCAACAUAGAUGUUUGUCUUCCCCACUCCUGCUCUCUUCAGUUCUCUUCAAGCUUCUUUUUCCACAAGUUCCUGACGGCUCCCUUUGCCUUCCCAACUGCACACCAUUAGCACCUCUUUAUUCUGAUCUGGUGCCUGGUUCUGUGGAUGCCUCUCCCACUGCUCGCUGUAACCAUAUGGAGUCUGACACGGGGCAGAUGGCCCCUCUCCAGCAUCCUGCACACCAACACAAAUAUCGGCAGACCUGGCCCCACCAUUGGCAGGAGAGGCAGAAAUCACAGAUCGGAUCAGCUGUUGUUAGUGUGGCCAGCAGCCUUCGCCUUGCUGACCACAGUCUGUGGGAAGAGAGCCCUGACAUUGGCAUCAAAAGAGUGAUACCGUAUGCCAGCCCUAGAGACCCAGCCGCAGACAGCACAGUGGGCUCCACUUGGAGCCCAGAACUCAUGCAUUACCAGAGUUAACAUUUUUUGCAGUUUUUGAGAGCUUAUUAGCCACUUGAAAAGCUAUUCCAAGUUAUUAGAUAUUUCCCUAUAGCAUUUAUGAUUUGAACCUCUUCCCAGUCGGUACAUGUUGUACUGUACAUCGAAUUAGGGUGAUUCAGAAAGGAACAUUCAGCAACUUAUUUGCAAUCAGAUUGAAUAGUCAUCUGCACAGAAGGGUAUUUGGUUUUUAAAUUUGUGUUCCUUCCUCAAUUACCUUAACCAGGCUAGCCUCAUUUUUUGUUAAAAUGGAAUGGAAUACCACAGUAAUAUUAAAGAAUGUUCUAUGCGUGUAUGUGUACACGCAUAGAGAGAGAAAAUGGGAAGAUCAUGACCGAGAAUGAAGUUUGAAAUGCAUGCAUCUUAAGCCAUGGGUGUGAUGUGAAAAGAUGCUGUUGGUUAAUCUCUUUCUUGCUAUGAUGAAACAUCAAAGAUUUUUCCUGCUUUCCUCUGAAAUAAAAUCGAUAAAUGUAGUUGCGGGGCCAUUGGUCCUCAUGAGGCCUUAGUGCCGUGUGUAUGGCGAGGACAAACUGCAUUAGCUGUGCACCAGAGCUUUUCUCAGACACUAUCCGAGUUCCAGGGCCUCCCUUACAUUCCAACUACUCUUUCCUCAUUUAUCCAAAUUAGGAAAGCCCAAGACAGAGGAGGAAAGGGUAACUUCAGAGUUACUGCCAUUGCUUGGGUACCAGGUCUUUUGCUAUUUCAGACAGCAAGUGAAUUCCCAGACACCAGUUCCACAGGUAACCGACUCCUCCUGUUGGGAAAUGACUGUCUUAUAAACUCUGCAAUGUACCACAGAGGUGCCUCUCUCUCCCCACUUUAUCCGAUGAAAUGAAACACUUGAUAUUUCCUUUUAGCAUUUACAUCAUGAUUCCAGCAAAGGGAAAAUACAGAGACGUGUGAGAUAGUCUCAGGUAUUCCUCAAGAAGAAGCAGCUGAGAUCAGUAGCUAGCUGGCCCCUAGAGUUGCUACUUCACCCACUGAGAUGCAUAUGGGGAGAUCUGGCCCUCAAAGAGAGUCCAAGUUCUGUAGGCGCCACUACAUAAGAAGGGGAAUGUGUUACCAGCUUUCUGUUCCUUUAUUAGAAUGUGAACCACCUGAAAUGACAGAGAAAUGAAUGUUCUCCAGGUUCCAGGAGAAACAUCAGACUGUAGAAUAAAUGCUCUGAAGCGGGCGAGGUGAUGCAAGGGUCUCUAACUGGCAAAAUUGCUAGAGAAAUUUUAGAGGCAAAUCUGAUAUGCAUGGUGACCAGAUCCUAAAACGGUCUGCUUCUUAUGGGAUCUAACAAGUUUUCUUAAGUUCUGUGCUGGCCGACUCUCUUAAAGCAACAGCCUACAGAUAUGGAAUGACCAUGCUUUUCUCCUUGAAAGGGCCUAUCUAUAUUGACAAGCAAUGAAAACAAAGGCUUCAGGCAAAUGGAAGCCAUCAUAGCAAAGUGUCUAGGCUUCCAUUCCCGUGACUAUGAGAAAAUACUUAAGACAAAAGUAAUUUAAGGAGAAAGAUUUAUUCUGGGUCAUAGUUCAAGAGUACAGUCUAUCUUGGUAAGAAAUUCAACGUAGCAGCUGCUGGUCAUAGCACUGUCACUGUUGAAGAAGAGAGAGGAACACAGGACAAGUGUUCAGUUUGCUUUCUAAAAUUUAUCCAACUCAGGACCCCUAGCCCAGAGAAUGGUUCCAUCCACAAUUAACACGUGUCUUCCAACAUCAUCAACAAAAUCUAGAUAACCCCUCACAGACAUUCUCAGAAGACAACCUUAAUUUAGGUAUGGCCAAAAGCAUGCCUUCUAGGAAGGUCUAGAUAGAAAGUGAACACUACCCCAGAAAGCAUGGGUACUGUGCUAAUUAAUGGGGAUUAAGCCAAGGUCCUGGGCUGGGUUUGGGGAACAGCCAGUGCUUCUGACACUGAGCAAUCUCUGCGGUUCAUACUGUCAUUUAAACAAUUUAUGAAUUUGAAAGGGGCUAGAGAGACGCUUCAUCAAUGUACGUUCUUUUCAGCGAACCAUGUUGAGUUCCUAGCACCCAAGGUAGGAGGCUCACCUUAGUAACCCAGUGUCAAGGGACUCAGUGCCCUCUUCCAGUUUGUGCAGGAACUGUACUCACACAAGCACAAACCCACAUGCACUCACAUGUACAAAAUUAAAAAUUAAAAAUAAAACCUUUUUUUUUUAAAAAGGUUUCAAAUCAGUAGCUCUACAUCACGGCAAUGGAAAAAGCAACAAAAUCCAAAACAAGCAGAAGGAAGAAACUAAAAACAUUAAUUAAGUGGGGAAUGGAGAAAAACAAGGAGACCCAAAAUUGAUUAUAUGGAAAACCAGCAUAAUAGAUAAACCAUUAAUUAUAAAGGAUUUGACCAUAAAAAUUGGCUACACAAACAAACCAACAUGAGUGAUAAACCUUCAUUUCCAAAGAAAAAAAGACUCGAGAUACUAAAAUCAUAGAUGAAGGGGCGUUAAUUUUGAUAGCACAGAAACAAACAGAAGGGGGGAAUAAACACCAUGAAGGGCUGCAUACUAUAAAUUACAUAACUUCCAUAAAUGCAUUUGCUUCUACAAGGAAACAAACUGCCAAGCAGAAUCACACACACACACACACACACACACACACACACACACAGAGAGAGAGAGAGACAGACAGACAGACAGACAGACAGAGACACACAGAGAGAGAGAGAGAGAGAGAGGGAGGGAGGGAGGGAGGGAGGGGGAGAGAGAGAGAGAGAGAGAGUCUAUGAGAGUACUGGCUACUCUUCCCGAGGACGUAGGUUUAAAUCUCAGCACCCACGUGGCAGCAGGUCACAACUGUCUGUAACUCUGACACCAUCACACAGACACGCAUGCACCAAAGACACCAAUGCACAUAAAGUGAAAAUAAAUACAUUUAAAUAUGUUUAAAAAAUGAAAACAAAGAACAUAAAAACUCAUGGCAACCAUCAUACUAACCACAAAAGACUGAAGGCUUUCCCACAGCAAAUGAAAGCAUGACACAGUAUCCAGUCUUGCCGUUUGUGUGUAGCAUUGUAUGUGAGGGUCCUGCCAGGACAUCUACCAAGGAAACGGCAUAAAGGGGUUCAUGUUGAGAGGGAAGAGGCAGGACUCCAGAUGUGCAGACGACAUGAUCUUGUAUUUGGAAAUCCCUGAAGAAUCUACUAAGGAAACUGACAGAACUAAUCUCAGAGGAUUACAGAAUAAGAGAUGGAUGAACCAGACCAGUUAGAUUUCUGCAUGUUACAAAUGAACACACUUGAGAAUGGAAUUGAAACCGGUUCUAGUUACCAGAUGUUAGGGAGCAAAUGUGACUUAUCCAUUAUGGGCUUACUUGUUUAAGCACUUGGUCCCCAGCUGAUGUCGCUGUCUUGGGAAGGUUCUGAAGCUGUUGGGUCUGAGACCCAGUUAGCACAAGUGAGCUUCUUGGAGCAGAUCUUAAAGGCUGUGUCUACUUAUGCUUCUGGCUAGAGUGUUCUGUUGCCAGAUCUACCAGAUGUGAAUAAACCACACCACAAGCUCAUGGCACUGCGGGCCACACCACUCCCCCUGCAGGCAUUCCUACCAUAGUGGACUAUACCCUCCAAACUAUGAGCCCAAACGAAUGCCUCCCUCCCUUGAGUUGCUUCUGUACUGUGUCACUAUGGCAAGAAAAGUGACUAGCCAAAACGCCAGGAAGAGUGAAACACUUAAAAAUAAUUUCAAAACUCACAACCUGGAGACAAGUAAACCUUAAAGAACAGGAUAUCCUCUUUUCGUGGAUUGGAAUAGUUCAAGAUGUAGUACUCUACAAAUUCCUUCCCGGUACAGUUCCUGUCAAAAUUCCAUCUGCCUUCAUUGCACAAAUGAGUAGCAAACUGGUCCUAAAAUUCAGAUGGAAUUGAAAAAUGCUCUGAACAGCCAAUACAGUCUUCUACGAGAAUAAUGAACCUGCAAAUUUGAUGCCUCCUGGUUUCAAAACUUAGCGUGAAAGAAACACCAUGUGGCAUCAUCACUAGAGUGGACGCAAGGAGCAACAGAGGAUUGAGAGGCAAGAAACAACUCCUUAUAUUCACUCUCUGUUGAUUUUCACCGAGGGUUCCAAGAGUCAUUCCACAGGAAACUUGUCUUUUUAGCAAGUGUUUCUGGUGCAACUGGAUGUCCAUUUGCAAGAGUGAUAUCAUAUACAUUAGUGCUCACAGGGUGUCAGAGCUCCAACGAUCUAAGCACAUAACAUUCAAAAAAUACCACAGGCAAGAAUUUUCCUGGUGUAGAUUUGCUAAUAAGACACCAAAGAUACAAGCAACAUGGGUUGGAGAGAUGACUCAGUAGUUAAAGAGCAUUGGCUGCUCUUCCAGAGGUCCUGAGUUCAAUUCCCAGCAACCACAUGGUGGCUCACCACCAUCUUUAAUGGGAUCUGAUCCUGGUUUCUGGCACGCAGGUACACAUGCUAAACACAAAAUACAUAAACAAAUCUCUUUUAAAACAAGAACAAGUGACAACCAAAAAAAGGUUAAGAUCAUCAAAAUUUUAAGGUUUUUGUCUUGUUUUUAUUACAAAAGAGAUCAUCAAGAAAGUGAGAAGACAACCAAGGAAUGACAGAAAUUUUUACAUCUGUAAUCUGAGGAGCCACAACUAUUCAAAUAAUAAAUUAACAGAUGACCCACAUGCAGACUGUACAAAUGUGGAGACCUUAUGGCACACAUAUACUCAGACUAGCAACUUGCAUAAGCGUCACUAAUGUGGGGACAUCUAGCCCAUUGCAGCCCACAACCCACUGAGAUGGAGAAUUCUUUACUUUUUGUUGAGCUGCCUCCUGGGUAUCCUCAUCCCUCCACAUCCUUCUUCAGGAAGAGCUUGCUUGCAAGGUGUGUGCCCCAGGAACCAUCACUGCCACAGACACUGUCUGGGAAGGUGAACACAUUCUUAGAAGCCAGCCAUCAUGUUACAUCACAGGAAAAGCUGCCCUUGGUGCUGGGGAGAUGAUCUGGUCUAUAAAGUGUCUCCUACCUAAGCAUAGAGCCCCGAGUUUGAUCCUUAACACCUAUGUGAAAACCAGACCCAGUAACAUACCGUGCGCCGAGGUUAGGAGACAGAGACAGGUCAAUCCCUGAAGCCCUUUGGACUCCCAACCUAGCUGAAUCCAUCAGCUCUGGGUUCAGCCAGAGACUUUGUCCAGUGUAACAUAUAGAAAAUAGCGUCCCUCAGUGGAUGUGUCUUCGUUGCCUUGGUUACUCCUUUCAGUGUAUAUACUAUCUGUUCCUAUGUUACCAGUCUACAUUACCCGUGCUGGUAUCCUGAAGGGUCUCCCUCUAUCAUUUUCAGAGUUUCAGCUCUCCUAUUGAAGUCUUAACCCUGUGGUCCCCAACCUUCCUAUUACUGAAGCUUUUAAUACAGUUCCUCAUGUUGUGGUGACCCCCCCACCCCCAACUAUAAAAUAACUUUUGUUGUGACUUCUUAACUGUAAUUUUGCUGCUGUUGUGAGUUGUAAAUAUCUGGUAUGUAGGAUAGCUGAUGUUCAAACCCUGAGAACGGAUCAUAUGGGGUCACGACCCUCAGGUUGAGAACCACUGUCUUAAUACACCCUGUACCCUACCUGCCUUGCGGUGUUUAGCAUUGGACAAGAGAGGACUUGAAUUAGUUACUUUUCUGUUGCUGUGAUAAAAACAAGCAAGCAAGCAAACACCCCUUACCAAAAGAGCAAGUUAAGAAGGAGAGAGUUUAACGUUGGCUUAGAGUUGCAGAUUAUAGUCCAUGAUGGUGGAACAACGUUGGCAAACAGACACAGAGGUAGAAACAAAUUCCCUGCGCGAAGCUGGGAGGCUAAGCUAGACCUGACUUGAGGGUUAAACUUUCAAAGCCCCAGGGGCUUGCUUUCCCCUAGCAAGGCCAUACCUCCUAAACUUCCCCAGUACUGUCAACGGGGGACCAAGUGUUCAGUUACCCAAGACUGUGGGGGCUCUUCUCAUCUGAACCACCCCAUGUAUCAUUCUGACACAGAAUGCACACUCCGGACCUGGCUGUUCUGGCGGCUCCCAGCAUUUCUCCAGGCUUGACAUGCCUCAGGUUACUUCCUGCUUCUGCAAUCUUCUACCCUAAAAAGGAACCGUGCCUCCUUUUCUCCUCAUGCCUGGCAUCUCUUCCUCUAAACCUGAAACAGAAAUAUCAGGAUAAGAAUGGGCUGAUUCUGUGCACGAGUGAGACAAUUAAAACAAGCCCUAACCAAAGCUGUGGCCAAGAUCUCUUUAGACAAAAACAGGGCAAUUCUUUCCGAAGUAAUGCACGUGCUCUGGAAGUAUUCCAACACUCAUAUUUUUUUUAAAAUAACCAAGCACUUCCCUCAUAGUUAUAUUUUAUAUCUAUUGCUCCAUAAGAAAACACUGGAGCCUUUUGGAAAGACACCACCCAGGCUGGGUCCAUAAAGCUUCAAAGGGGCUUUAGUAAAAGUUGGAACCUGGGCUAUUCCUGACGAUCUCAGAGGCUGCCAUAGACCUGUGUGUCUGUCCUUUGUUCAGAGAGACUGCACUUUUGAACACUCAGUUUCUCGGUACCUUGAGUGUCCUGUUUCCAAUGCAUUUGUGUGUGUGUGUGUGUGUGUGUGUGUGUGUGUGUGUGUGUGUGUGUCUAUCUGUGCAUGUUUGUGUAUGCACAUGUGUUGUAUGCAGGUGUACAUGCUUGUAUGUACAGUGCACAUGUAUGUGUGUACAUGCCUAGAGAAGGCAGAGGAGAUCCUCAGGGACCAUCUUUGCAUCUUUGAAGCUCAGCAGCUCAGCUAGACUGGCAAGCAGGCUCCAGGAAUCCGUCUGUCUCUCUCUUCAGGCUGCAAAAGCAAAGUUGCCUCUAUACCUGGCAUUUUAAUGGGUUAUGGGUAUUAAAGUCAGGUACUCCUGCUAAUGAAGCAAUACCUUCCCAAUUGAACUAUGUCCCAGCCCUCUUGAGGGUUUUCUAAGUACUUGGGGUUUCCUUGUGAAAUACCAGGUCCCUAUUCUCAGGUCCCAGAGAUAGCAAAAUUGGCCGAGAGACUCAUCAGCUUACUUAAGAUUUGAAAAAAAAAGGGGGGCUUCCUUUCAGCUUUGUGUCUAAACAUUUGUUUUUAGAAGGCUUAUAGAAUGGAAGAUUUCUGCAGUGUGUACCCAAGGACAUUGCCCUGGCAGGGAAGAAAAUUGAUCCUUUUGACUUUCUCAUGGGCACAAAUAAGGGUAUGUGGUCUCAUUGAGGUUGCACACUGGUGUAACGAGCAGUGUUGGAAACACAGGAGAGGGGCAAGAACAGGUAAGAAGUUAGCUCAGGGUGUGGCCAUGGUGGCCUUUCCCCCCAAGUGUUCAUUGUAGCUUACAAAGGGAAGGGAGGGGGUUUGCAAGUCAGACUUCACAGACUGCUUGUCUAUGAGUAUCCUUCAUCUGAAAUCCAAAACCCAAAAUGCUUUAAAAAUAUGUAACUUUCUGAGCUCCAACGUGAUAUUACAAGUAGGAAACUGAUACACUAAAAAUGUCACAUAAAUUUUCUCUAGGCUAUGUAUAUAAGGUACGAGUGUGUGGGUGCAUGAGUGUGUGUGGUGUGUGUGUGUGUGUGUGUGUGUGUGAGAGAGAGAGAGAGAGACAGACAGACAGACAGACAGACAGACAGACAUAAAUGAAUGGUCUUAGCCACUAUCCCCAAAAUACUUCAUUAUAUCUGUGAAAAUAGCCAGAAACUGGAAAACAUUGGGUAGGGAAUCCUGAACCCUUGCCAACGAUCGUCCAUAACUGGGGUAAUCUCAUGCUGGUGACCUUUUGAUGUACCACUCUCUGCUGUCAACUGCUAUCAGAAUGUGGAAUUGCAUUGCUUCCCAAAGCUUUGAUCUUUCCUACCCUUCUUCAGAGAAGGAUGCUCUCAGCAGUUUAAUUGUAGGGGCCACCAGCCUGCAGGAGGCUCUGUUCAGUGUGGCCUUCUGCCUUUGCCAGAAAAGCAGGCUGAGCCAACUGCUUCCUCCCAUUAAGUUGACAUUGUUUCUAAUGGGAGGGAAGGUGGCCAUCCAGAAAGCCAAUAUGGCUGUCCAUGUAGCUCCUGACCUGACUAACUGCUCUGGUCCAGUGACUAUGGCAAGGUAACUGGUCAUUACCAACCAGUCUGAAAGUACAUUGGGCCUUUAGUGAAGUAGGAGGAAGGACCUGGUGAGCCUGUGAUCCAAGAUAAUAGAUCUGAAAGGGCAGAAUUAAGAAUAUCGAGAUGAGGAUCUAGAAAGGUGGCUCAGGGGGCUUGCUGCUCAUGCAAAGGAUAAAGGUGGGUUCCCAGCACCCACAUUGGAUGGCUCACAACAAACUGUAUCUUCAGCUAACUGUAGAGGACUUGACACCUCUGACCUCUGGGGGACAUCCACUCACAUGCACACAUAUGCAGAGACAUACAAACACAGAGCUACAAUAAAA